UAAGAGGAAGGAAGGUGGGUGUGUUUAACAGUUUAAAUGUAUCUUUCUCUUACAGAAUCUGUCUUUAUUCUCAGACUCUUCUGUGUUGUAGGUAGACGUGUCUGUGAUGUGACUGAGUUUCAUCUUGUGCACAUUAUUUAUCUGUGGACGUUUUUCUUGUUUGAAGUCACAGACGAGAGCAGCAGCUACUAUGAGUGUAACUGCAGCAGCCAGUGGAUUUGUUGUCCUUCUUCUCACUGUGACAGUGGUGCAGGGUGUGGAUGACUGGGGAGUGAGGUGCACUCCUACUCAGAUCUGUGCUGUAAAAGGAUCGAAGGUGCAAAUACGCUGCUUCUACUGGCACCCAUCCAGAAUAGAUGACCAUGAUGUUGAAGUGGAGAAAGAGUUCUGGUUUACUAAAGUGCAGGAUAGUGCACCAGUGGAUCUGAGAUCAGCCUCUGAGUACACAGGUCGUGUGAAGUAUGACUGUGGAAACAAGGCCUGCACUCUGACCAUCACAGACCUGAGAGACAGCGACUUGGAUGUGUACCAGUUCAGCUUCACAACAAACCAACCUACUGGGAGUUUAACUGGUUCACCUGGAGUCACUCUGUCUGUCACAGGUGUCAAGGUGCUCACCACAAAAUUAUCAGCUUGCAAGACGUAUGACUGUUCAUGGUCACGUGUGGAGUGUCAAACCAGUUGUCCUCCAACUCCCAGUCCGUCCUACAUCUGGUUCAAGAACGGACAAAAGACAUCGGGAGAAAAAUCUUAUACAGCCUACUUUUAUUCAGCAGACAGUAUUUCCUGUGCUGUGAGAGGCCACGAGGAUUUCCCCUCUGCUCCAGUGUGUGUCCAUGGAAAUUCAUGCAACAGAGUGAAUUACAUCAACAGGAACAUCUGUGCCUUUAAAGGCUCCUCAGUGGACAUCUCUUGCAGUUACAACAGUCAAUCUAAUCCUAUCACAUCUAAGUCCUGGUUGGUUGCUGAGCGUGAGGAUGUGCAGCUGCAUCGUCCUCAAGCUGUGGACUUACUCAACGACCAAGAGUUCACAGCUCGUGUUCAGGUCCUUGAUCCAGAGCCAGGGUGCUCCACUCUGAGGAUAAUGAACCUGAGUGAUUCAGCCCAGUAUCGCUUCACAUUCAAAUCACAGACGUUUGAAUGGAACAGAAGUUUCCCUGGCACAACUCUGACUGUCACAGAUCCAGAUGUUCAGGUGAUCUGUUCUCCGAUUGGUCCAACACUGACUUGUCACAGCAGCUGUCUUCUCUCUGGUCGUCCCUCCUUUGUCUGGUACAAGAAUGGAAGAGAAGUUCAAGGGGAAACGUCUCCAACUUUCAGGGGAUUCCUUCACCCUGAAAACAACUACUCCUGUGCUUAUGAGGAUCACCACUCGUCCCCUGUGUAUGCUCCGAAGGUUCCUUUAGUGCAGCUGAGUCAACCUGGAGACAUUCUGAAGGACAGCUCGGUGUCUCUGACCUGCAGCAGUGAUGCUAACCCACCCCCUGCAUACACCUGGUACAAGGAGAACCAGGCUUUGCUCAACAGAGCAGCUCAGCUGGUUUUCAGCUCCAUCCCGUUGUCUGACUCUGGAGAAUAUUACUGGAAGUCAGUGAUAAUCAUGCAUAUCAUCUGGGUGACUCUGGUGGUGGUCGUGCUGGUUCCAGUGCUGGUCUGGACUCUGUGGACGAGACUCGCCAGCCGUCCUCCGGUUCCUCGCGCCCCACAGCUCCGCCGUCUCUCCUCUGCUACCUGGCUCUCUCGGAAGUCCCGCCCCCUCACGCUCUCCCUCUGUGUUGUCUCCUCCUAUUGGUCCAAGUCGAUGGGAUCAUCAUCAGAUGACUCCAUCACCCUGGACAGGUGGCACAAGGAUGUGGUGCAGGGUGAGGAUCCCUGGAGAGUGAGGUGCACUCCUACUCAGAUCUGUGCUGUAAAAGGAUCGAAGGUGCAAAUACGCUGCUCCUACUGGCACCCAUCCAGAAUAGAUGACCAUGAUGUUGCAGUGGAGAAAACGUUCUGGUUUACUAAAGUGCAGGAUAGUGAACCUGUGGAUCUGAGAUCAGCCUCUGAGUACACAGGUCGUGUGAAGUAUGACUGUGGAAACAAGGCCUGCACUCUGACCAUCACAGACCUGAGAGACAGCGACUCUGAUGUGUACCAGUUCAGGUUCACAACAAACCACCCGACUGGGAGAUUUACUGGUUCACCUGGAGUCUCCUUGUCUGUCACAGGAGUCCAGGUGCUCACCACAAAAUUAUCAGCUUGCUGGAGGGAUGACUGUUCAAAGUCACGUGUGGAGUGUCAAACCAGUUGUUCUCCAACUCCCAGUCUGUCCUACAUCUGGAACAAAAACGGACAAAAGACAUCGGGAGAAAAAUCGUUUACAGCCUACUUUGAAUCAAGAGACAGUAUUUCCUGUGCUGUGAGAGGCCACGAGGAUUUCCCCUCUGCUCCAGUGUGUGUUCAAGGUAAUUCAUGUGACAGAGUGAAUUACAUCAACAGGAACAUCUGUGCCUUUAAAGGCUCCUCAGUGGACAUCUCUUGCAGUUACAACAGUCACUUUUAUUCUAUGACUAAGUCCUGGUUCGUUGCUGAGCGUGAGGAUGUGCAGCUGCAUCGUCCUCAAGCUGUGGACUUACUCAAAGACCCAGAGUUCACAGAUCGUGUUCAGGUCCUUGAUCCAUGGCGAGGGCGCUCCACUCUGAGGAUAAUGAACCUGAGACUGAGCGAUUCAGCCCAGUAUCGCUUCACAUUCAAAUGGAAGUGGUCUGAAUGGGAGAGAAGUUUCCCUGGCACAACUCUGACUGUCACAGAUCCAGAUGUUCAGGUGAUCUGGUCUCCGAUUGGUCCAACACUGACUUGUCACAGCAGCUGUCUUCUCUCUGGUCGUCCCUCCUUUGUCUGGUUCAAGAAUGGAACAGAAGUUCACGGGGAAACGUCUCCAACUUUCAGGGGAUUCCUUCACCCUGAAAACAACUAUUCCUGUGCUUAUGAGCAUCACCACUCGUCCCCUGUGUAUGCUCCGAAGGUUCCUUUAGUGCAGCUGAGUCAACCUGGAGACAUUCUGAAGGACAGCUCGGUGUCUCUGACCUGCAGCAGUGAUGCUAACCCACCCCCUGCAUACACCUGGUACAAGGAGAACCAGACUUUGUUCAACACAGCAGCUCAGCUGGUUUUCAGAUCCAUCCCGUUAUCUGACUCUGGAGAGUAUUACUGCACAGCUGAGAAUGCGCUGGGGAAGACAACGUCUGAACGUGUCUUAAUAAAUGUGAAAUAUGCUCCACAGUCCUCCUCUGUGUUAGUGAGUCCCUCUGGCGAGAUCAUGGAGGGCAGCUUAGUGACUCUGACCUGCAGCAGUGAUGCUAACCCAGCAGCUAACUACACCUGGUACAAGGAGAACCGAACUCUGCUUCAAGGACCAGAGGGUGUUUAUCGUCUCUCCUCCAUCAGAUCUGGGGACAGCGGGGUCUACUCCUGCAAGUCUGACAAUCAGUACGGACGGAUCAACUCCACGUCUCUACACUUAGACGUCCAGUAUGCUCCAAAGCCUCCCUCUGUGUCAGUGAGUCCCUCUGGUGAGAUCAUGGAGGGCAGCUCAGUGAGUCUGACCUGCAGCAGUGAUGCUAACCCAGCAGCUAACUACACCUGGUACAAGAGAAGUGGCGAUAAGAAAGUUCAACCAAAAGCAUCAGGACAAAUCUUCACCAUCACUGAUAUCAGAGCUGAACAUGGUGGAAAUUAUCAGUGUGAGGCCCAGAACACACACGGACGUAGUAACACCACCUUACAUCUGACUGUUGGAGCAGGUGCUUGGAAAUCAGCAGUGACUGGAACAACCACAACUCUUCUCCUGGUGGUCAUCCUCCUCGCUGUCUUCCUGUGGAUCAGAAGAAACAAGUCCUUCACACAACAGCGUGAGUGCAGUGAGAGACCAGAAGACAGAGCGCAGAUUUCAGCUGCGGCACACACACGACCAGCAGAGCAGCACCAUGAGGUCCACUACGCCAGCGUCUGCUUCACCCAGAACCGGGCAGAUGACCUCUACUCCAACAUAGGUCGAGUUCAACCCCAGAGAGAAACUGAGGAAGAGGAGGAGGAGGCUGAAUACAGCACUGUUCGAUUUGUCAGUGCAACAGGAACAAGACGUGAAGAAGAGGGGGACGAUUCAUCUGCAGUGUACAGCACAGUCACCAAACACUGAAGAGACACAACGUGAAUCUGUUGUUUAUAUGUGGAUUUUACAUUAUCACAGAACCAGAAGAAAUAAAACAUGUAGACAUGUGCA